AUGCCUGACAGAAAGAUUGGCGACUAUGUGGUAGGUGCUGAGAUAGGUCGUGGUUCCUUUGCUAACGUGUACAAGGGCUACAAUAGUAAGACCCAAGUCUCAGUGGCCAUCAAAUCAGUCAUUAAAUCCAGGUUACGAAAUAAGAAACUUAUUGAGAACUUGGAGGUAGAGAUCUCUAUUUUAAAGAACUUAAAGCAUCCACAUGUUGUUGCUCUAUUGGAUUGUGAGCAAUCAAAACAUUAUUUCCAUCUAUUAAUGGAGUAUUGCUCCUUGGGAGAUUUAUCCUAUUUUAUAACUAAGAGAGAAGAAUUGAUCUCCAACCAUCCAUUGAUAACCGGGGUGUUCAAGAAGUAUCCAUCUCCGGAGAAUAGCAAAGGCCUGAACGAAGUCAUAACAAUCAACUUCGUACAGCAGUUGGCCUCGGCUCUCAAGUUUUUGCGGUCCCAGAACCUGGUACACAGAGAUAUCAAACCCCAGAACCUGCUACUUUCACCUCCGGUUUCUCGAGAGGUCUUUGAGGAUCGUAAAUACACUGGGUUGUGGGAGUUACCAGUGCUGAAGAUCGCAGAUUUUGGUUUUGCCCGUUUCCUUCCUGCCACAUCGAUGGCAGAGACCCUCUGUGGAUCUCCUUUAUACAUGGCUCCAGAAAUCCUACGAUAUGAGAAGUACAAUGCCAAAGCAGACCUAUGGUCUGUCGGUGCUGUCGUUUACGAAAUGAGUGUUGGGACACCUCCAUUUCCUGCCCAUAACCAUGUGGAACUAUUGCGCAAUAUCGAAAGACAGAAGGACAAGAUCAGCUUCCCCAAAGUUGCUCAAGUACCUCCAGAGAUUAUACAAUUGAUUUGUGGUUUGUUGAAACAACAAGCUACUGAGAGAAUGUCGUUCCAGGAGUUUUUUAACGAUCCAGUGAUCACGACCAAACUUCAACCUUGUAGCGACGAACCUCUCUUACCUCAGAACCAACACAUCGACGAGAAUUUGUUCAUUAGCGAGUAUCUACCACGGAACUCAAUCACAGAUAAAAACAUAAACAACAACAUCACUAAUAUUGCAAAGAAUGGAGUGGAAGAAGCCCUCCUUGAGGAAGAGGACGAAGAGGAAGACCAAGAUCAACUGCCUAGUAAGAACGAUAAUAUACAACACAUGGAACCAGACUCGUCGAUGCUACUCAACAAAACUACUCAGAAACAGACGGAAGUACAAUCGCAACCUCGCCGGGAAUUGGUCUCGGAGAAAGAUUACGUGGUCGUGGAGAAACGUGCUGUUGAGGUCAAUGCUUUAGCUGAUGAAUUGGAGCAUGCUGGAUCUGGUGCCUUAGCUAUGCAAUUAACCAAUAAUGUUGGUACUCCAUAUACUAGAAGAUAUUCAUCCUCCUCUAGGUCUUCGUCUACUGGUUCCAAUCAAAGAAGACCAAGCUUCGGAGAUCGGAAAGUGCCUAUUUCAAUUAGCCCCACGAACGCUCUUUCAAAGGCUAUUAACAUUGCGUCGAAUAGGUUAUUCAAGCAGCCUUCGCCGCCAAAGGCUACACCAGUGUUGUUGGAAGAAAAAGACAAAGACAAGAACACUGAAAGACUGACAUCUACUGUUUUUAACCAGAAUAUGCUCAAUUCGACUACAACAAGAGAAAUCACUCGUCCAUUGCACUCUUUGACUAUUACAUCAUCAACUUCAGAUGAGGAGAUUAUUCAAAGAUUAAGUAACCUUACGACUAAAGCUUAUGCCAUCAAAUUACUAGCUGAAAUCAAGUUCAGUCAACUGGCACCGUUACCUCCUUCUAAUGAAACAGCUGUUUUUGAUAAUUACGGAGACGAUGAGGGUACUCAGUCAGGGUACAACAAUGAACCUUUAUCGCCCAUACUUAUAAAAACAAUUGGUGAGGAAGGAAUUGCGUUGUAUGUUAAAACAUUAUUCUUAUUGUCAAAGGCAAUGAACAUUGCCAUGGAGUGGUGGAGAUUGAAUUCUUUAAGUAGACCAGCAUCACCCAAAUUGAACGAUUUAGUUCAAUGGAUUAGGGGUAAAUUUAACGAAUCACUUGAAAAAGCAGAGUUUAUCAAACUCAAGUUACAGAAUGCCAAAGAACAACUAGAGGAAAGUGAGUCGGACACUGACAAAACUGUUGUGGCUGAGAAGUUGAUAUUUGAUCGUGCCAUCGAAAUCAGCCGAAUCGCGGUAGUAAAUGAGUUGAAGAACGAUGAUUUGGUAGGCACUGAACUAUCGUAUGCUACGGCUAUCUGGAUGCUGGAAGCAUUGUUGGAACCGGAUGAUACUGAGGAAUCCAAACUUGAUGAUGAGGAUCGAAAGAUGAUUGAGAAGUUUAUUUCCAGUAUCGGCAAUAGAUUGAGCGUCCUACGAAAGAAAAUCGAAAGUACGAGCCAAGAAACUCGGAAGUAA